AUGGAGGAGUCUGCACCAAAGCGGCGACGCACAUCGCCUCGCACCUCUCUCGACAUCGCUGGCGCAUCCCCGACUCCCACAUCGCCAGACGCCGAGACUACAGCGCGACGGAAACGCCCGUCUUUCGCCUCGCCGACCAAAGCAAGCCUUGCGCACCACAAUCCAGAAAUCCUCGAGAGACGGCGCUCCGCAUCCCCCCAGAAGAGCCCCAAUGUCCGCCGCGCCUUGUCGCAGGACCCGAGAAAUGACCCGGUAGAGCAGAGCCCGUCGGAGCUCUUGGCGAUCCGCCUGGCGGACAGCGUGCUGGAGAGCGACGUGGGAAGGACGGAUGAUGCAGAGCCAACGCCUGGCGCAGGCCGGUCAAUUCGACGCGCAGGAGGAAGCAUGGGAGCGGCAGCGAGGCGAACACCAAAUAGGCCGAACCCGCGUCCAUUACCACCACCAGGUUCCGACGAGGAAGAGGAGGCCAAUCCAUUCCUUGGUCGAGUCCUCCGACGAUCACCUCCGCCGAACGCGCCUGGCCUUCCUUCUGCCUCGAUACCCGAGUCAGAACUCGAGCCCGAGUCCGAAAUCCCCGAGCCAGAGUUGCCGCCUUCUGUACCCGAUAUCGUUUCGUCGACUCCGCCCCGAGGAAUCCACUCGAGCCCGUUGCGAUGGAGGGAGAAAAGCAAGCCUAAGAGCUCUCCCCUUAAGCAACCCCCCGCUCGAAUAUCCGAGAACUCGAGCUUUCCAACAAAGAGCAUAUCUCGGCCGUUAUUUGGAAAAGAAGCUCCACGGCAGACUGUGCCUGUUGAAGAGCCGUCAGCCAACCCGAGGAAGCCUCGUGUCUUUGACCCGAACGCGACGAAGAAGAACGAGAGAGACGCUCUGCGAGAAGAGAUCGAGGAGUUGAGAAAGGACCUGGGAACGGCGCGAGCGGAGAAUGAACGCAUCAGAGUCAUGCAGAAAUCAGGUCGCGUACUGGCGCCCUCUGAUCCGGACAAGAUUAUCGAUCUUGUACAACGUCAACACGUCGCGGAAAGUUCUCGGUCACGACUUACGUCGUCUCAACGGCUCGUCAAGAUGGCACUGAACCCCAUUGGACUGCUUCCAUUUGGGAAGCCGCCAGCUCCAGCGCCCUUGGUGUCCAAUGACAAGGAGGAGGAAGAAGGAGAGGAGCUCAAUAUCAAGUCCCAUCACCCAGUCCCUAUGACGGCCGAGGAAGAACUUCCCUAUUUGGAGUUGUUCAGCCCCUUCUCUCUUACUUCAAAACUCUCAGUCCUCCCAGAAGAGGCAGACCAGCCAUUACGACAGGUACAUUCGAUCACUCUACGGUCCCGCGAGUCUCCUGGGAUGUUCACGUCACGGAUUGAAAUGACAGUCAGCGCCAUGGACCUGACCAUUCUCGACCUGAAGGUGGCUGCACUGGAACCUGCCGCGAAGGCAGAACUAGGACCAUUUGUCGAGAAAAUUUGUGCCGGAGACUGCAACCGAACCAUGCAGCGGAAUGUUGGCAUCCUGUCGUGGGCUAUGGGGGAGUGGGUACGAGUUGCGACGGAGCGCGCAGCUUUUUGGUGCCAGUUGGAGAAGGGUCUUGGGUCGAAAGGUGCAGUGCUAGAAGCAGCGGGGAAAAUGCGAACACGGAAAUCCAAACGAAGGAAGGACGACGAGGAAGAUGAAGAAGCUGCUUCAGAAGACGGCACCUUCAACAAGGCAGAUCUCAUACGAUACCUGGGUCAACAAUGGUUUGAGGUUUCAAUUCCGAGCGACGACGAGGGUCCGAGAGCCGUGCGGCUCGAGUGGAAGACUGGGUUUGACUGGACGGGAGAGGCCCAGAUUAAGCUGGGGGCCAUGGUUGGCGUUCCAGGGAAAUGGCAUCAAAUGGAUGAACGGGGGGCAUUGGGCAAGAUCCCCGAGCUGUUUGCAGAACUAGUGGAAGGCGGAGAAAAGCCAGAGGUAGCAGUCCGGACAAUUGUAGCAUUAGUGGCUGGAGACAUGGCAUGA